AUGACACAGGUGGGCCUCAACCGAGGCCACCGGGUGCCGACCCUUGGCGAACCGACACGAAAAGGCAUAGCCCUUAUCCGAGACGUGCGGACGUACACUGACAAGUGCAACGGGUCGUUGCGACCGGUGCCCAUCGCUCGCGACAACGUCGAUAUCGAUACCUCUUUGCACCCCCGUGCUAGUUGA